UUGUUUGUUUUCACGAUUUUCACUGCGGUGCUCUUUUUUAUUUCUGUGCUUUUCUCCAAGAAAUAUUAAUUGAAUUGAAUGAAAAUGAAAGCCAAGACUCGUGUGAAAAUGGGAAAGCUGAAGCUGAAGAAGAUGUCAAAGAAGGCAAAGAAGCCACUAGCUAAGAUGGACAUGGACAGUUUCUUGCAGACUAUGGAUAAAUCGUCAGAUGAUGAAGCUUCGGAAGCUCAAGUGGUUGAAGAAAGCGUCCAGGAGAAAGGUAAGAAAGUGAAGAAAAUGAGGAAGAAAGUGCAGAAGACAGUUGUGAAGGAGGAAGCUGAAUCUUCGGAUGCAGAGAGUGUGGAGAAUGAUAUAGAGUCGAUGAAGAAGUUGAAGGAAAUUGAUCCGGAAUUCUACAAGUAUCUCCAGGAGAAUGACAAGGAGCUACUGAAUUUCAAUGCAGAUGACAUUGGGGAUGCUGAGGAAGGGGGGGAAUCUGAGGAGGAAUCUGGGGAUAUUUUGAAGAAGGAAAAAUUCGAAGUGGCAAGUGAUGAGAGUGACUUUGAAGAUGGUCAGGAGGAAGAGAAAUAUGAAGAGGAAGAAGGAGUGAUAACACUGAAAAUGCUAAAGGGUUUUGAGAGGGAUAUCCAGGAGGAGAAAGUUUCUGCUGAAACUAUCCGGAAGCUUUGUCAGGCUUUUAAUUCUGCUCUGAGGAGCAUUUCUCCGGAUGCCAAGUCCACGUCCGGGUAUCGUGUUAAAGGCAGUGGAGUGUUUAAUGGGGUUAUUCAGGUGUGCGUUCUGCAUCUUCGGUCGGCUGUUUGGAGAUUCCUGGGAAUUGUGGGAAGGAAGAAUGUGAAGGAUGUGCAUAAAUUGAAGAAAUGGGCAAAAAUGCGGAAUCCCAUGAGAUCCUACGUAACAGAUCUCACGAAUAUUCUGGAGAAUGUUUCAUCUCCGGACAUCCUGACCAUCCUCCUGAAGCACCUGCAUCAAAUGGUGCCAAUUGUGGUGGGAGUUAGUGGAGCUUCGAAGCCCGUGCUGAAGAGAUUGGUGGCCCUUUGGGCUUCUUCUGCUGAAGAAACUGUCCGGGUUCUGGCUUUUCUGUGCAUCCUGAAGCUGACCAGAGCUCAGCAGGGACAGUUUCUCAGUACAGUGCUCAAGGUGAUGUAUUUGUCGUACGUCCGGAACUCACGAUUUGUCUCCCCGACGAGUCUCCCGGGAAUCAACUUCAUGAGGAGAUCUCUGGCUGAGAUGUUCACGCUGGAUCUUGAGGUAUCGUAUCAGCAUGCUUUUCUCUACAUCCGACAGCUGGCAAUCCAUCUCCGGAAUGCUGUGACGCUGAAGCAGAAGCAGAGCUACCAAGCUGUCUACAAUUGGCAGUACAUCAAUGCCCUGAAGCUCUGGGGAGACGUUCUGGGAGCUACAGCUUCCAGUCUCCUUCAGGCUCUCAUCUAUCCUCUUGUGACUGUCAUCCAGGGCGUCAUUAAGCUCAUCCCAACAGCCCAGUGGUUCCCACUGCGCUUCCAUUGCAUCCAGAUCCUCACAAAGCUCACCAAAUCCACGCAUCUCAUGCCUGUCCUUCCAUUCAUCCUAGAAGUCCUCCAGUCCAAUACAUUCAACAAGAAACACACCCAACUCUCCCUCAAAGCCAUGCCUUUCACCUGCAUCCUUCGUGUGACCAAGCCACAACUCGAAGAACUAUCCUUCCGGAACCAAGUCACUGAACACAUUUUCUCCACAGCCCUUGAAUACCUCGCUGCGGAAUCCUACAGUCUGACCUUCCCUGACCUCGUUGUGCCUACAAUAAUCCUCCUGAAGCAGUACAUCAAAACCUGCCGUGUGGCCAGUACGAGUAGGAAGCUCAAGCAACUGCUGGAUCUCAUCCAAGACAAUUUCCGCGUGAUUGAGGAAGAGAGGAAGAAGAUCACGUUCUCCCUCCGGGAUUCUGCUCUGAUCCACAGUUGGGAGACCCAAAUGCAAAAUAAAGGAACUCCCCUACUCACUUUCUACACAAAUUGGCUGAAGACAACUGAGCUCAAGCAACGCCGGGAAGCAAAUAAAACCGACGAAAUUUCAGAUUUCCACCUUCCCGCGCUCAAGAGGAGAAAUCCACAGCAAGACAAACCCCCGACCGAAGGUCCAGUAGAUCUUCUACCGUCGGACAGCGAAGAGGAGGAACUGGAAUUAGAGAAACCUCUGCCCAAAAAGGCCAAACGUGUCAAAGACAAAAAACCCAUCAAAACGGAGAUUUCUGCAGAAGAUGAGGAAACCACAACAGCUGGCCCUCUGGACAUUGUAGAAGACCUCGAUAUUGCUGAUUGGUUGACAUAAAAUACCUAAAAAAUCAUGUAAAAUAAAUACCGGAACUCCCCCGGCAAACAUAA